AUGUUUGGAGGCAACAGAUCUAGACAAAAGAGUAGACCCGGUUCCUCUCAAAACUUGUUUGACCAAGAUAUAGAGCUCCAGGAUGCUGAAAGAUUUCACUCCAGCAGCGGGGAAAGGUCUCCGUCUUCGAUUGCGCUGGAGAACGCAAAUGAAUACGCGGACAGACAGGCCCGCGAUUUCGUGAUUGAUGACGAGGAAGAUGACGAUAUCAUAUACAGUGGACCACGCGACGGCGAUGCCAGGGAAAAUGUCGGUCUUACGAAUAGAUCUGGCUCGCCAAACAAGAGCCAAAAUGGGAUCUUUGGAGGGAACGUAAUGCGAAGGUUCACCACCAAAAGUGGAAAGCGUCAGUGUUGGGUCAUCUUCUUUGUGUGUUUUAUAGUGUGGGCAGUUUUUCUGGCCAAUUAUGCCAUGGACAACAAGCUUUCCAAUUCUGAUGCUCCCACUAGAAAAUCUUCACCCCCGACUGGUCACAGCUCUAACCCCGCUAAGUAUGGUGGCAGCCAAAAGAUGACACUGGACGACGAGAGACUGGGCAAGUUUUAUGUCUUCUCAGAGGACAUCAACCUCGUGAAGAACUCACAGCUUCCAGACGAGGGGUAUUACCUCCAGCGUAUGGGUGCGGAGUUCACCCUUAGGAAAGUGGCUGAUUCCAAGUUUUCCAAAAGGAUUCUCAAGAAUCAGGACUUCAAAUACAACGGAGCCAAAUACUCGGUAUCAGACAUCGUUCUUGGUCCUUUACUGGAGACAGCCUUGGUGGUGGCUAAUCACGAAUCUCAGUGGAGGCACUCCGGAAUUGCCCAUUACUUUCUGUACGAUAUUGCCAAGAACGUGUAUACUGCUCUAUUGGAGGUUGAGUUGGAAGACGGCACGGUUUAUGUGCCUAAGCUUAGUUUUGCGGAAUUUUCUCCUAAGGGAAACUACAUCACCUACGUUUUCGAGAACAACGUGUAUCUGUGUGAUCUGAAUGAUAAUAUGGAGACUUUACAGCUUACUGACGAUGGAAGCAACACUAUCUACAACGGUAAACCUGAUUGGGUUUACGAGGAAGAGGUUCUCGGCUCAGAUAGGGCUCUUUGGUGGGCCCCUGAUGAAUCCUCGUUCACAUUUCUGAGGCUUGACGAUUCGGAUGUGCCUGUUUUUUUCUUGGACCCGUACGCCAAUACCGGUUCCACGGAUGGGUAUCCAGAAGCAGGAAAAGUCAGAUAUCCCACUCCAGGCACGGCAAAUCCAAUCGCGAGUCUGGUCAACUUCUCUAUUAAGAACAGUACCAUGAAUGCGAUUCCAAGAGAAGGAAGUGAACUGGGAGACGACUUCAUUGUCUACUACUGUAAAUGGAUCAGUCCAACGUCGAUGAUUAUCAAAGAGUCAGACAGAACCAGCAGUGUCAUGAACGUUAGGGUGUUCGACUCGACCACCGUUACUUCGCAGAUAAUCAGGAAGGUGGAUGCUGUUAAGGAAUACAAUGGCUGGAUAAACGUGAAGACAGAAAUCGAAAUCGUUCCUCCAACUGAGGGCCACAAGGAUUACGGCUACAUCGACAUAGUGGUCAAUGAAGGGUACGACCACCUGGGCUAUUUCAGCUCGGUUUAUGCCUCAGAUCCUCAGAUGUUGACACAGGGAAACUGGCAGGUGCUUGACUCUCAGUUCAAAUACAGCCCAGAACAGGAUGUUGUGUACUAUUUGUCUGGCGGUGAUUAUGGAAUCGAUUCUUUGCUUCACUCCGUUUCUCUUAACGGGAGCGUUUCUACACAGAUUACCCCUUCGAACGAUGAUGGCAGAGCCUACUUUUCUGUGGAAUUUUCUCAGGACUCCAAAUAUGCCAUGAUUAACUACCAAGGACCAGACGUUCCCACACAGAAACUAGUCAGUCUCUCUGAUUUCGAUUAUGAGACUUAUCUUGCCAUGCACUCGUUGAGCACAACAUCGUCUACUACCACAAACUUAAAGGACUACGCUUUGCCCACCAAGGAGUUCUAUACAUACAACCUGGGAAAGAACUCCAAGGGCAAUAGCCUUGAUCUCAAUGUGAUGGAGGUCAAACCUCCGUUCUUCAACGAGACCGAGAAAUACCCUCUGUUGGUGAGUGUGUAUGGUGGACCCGGAUCUCAGAAGGUGAGCAGCGCCUACGGAUACGGCUUUGAAGAAGUUUUUGCUGCUUCUCUGAGUGCCAUAGUAUUGUACAUAGACCCCAGAGGAACAGGUGGAAAGGGUUGGGAGUUCCAAUCAGAAGCCAGAGACAAGAUUGGAUACUGGGAACCACGGGACUUGACGGCGUCGGUCAGGGGCUUGAUCCAAGAGAAGGGGUAUAUUGAUGGGGAUAGAACAGCCAUUUGGGGCUGGAGUUACGGCGGAUUCACCACCUUGAAGACACUGGAGUAUGACGGUGGUGAUGUGUUCAAGUACGGGAUGGCAGUUGCUCCGGUUACAAACUGGAAACUGUACGAUUCUAUCUACACCGAACGUUAUAUGGACAUGCCAGAAGACAAUAAAGAGGGUUACGAUGAAUAUUCGGUGAUAAAGGACUAUGAUAGGUUUAAAAACGUCCAGAGAUUCUUGGUCAUGCACGGAACAGCUGACGAUAAUGUCCACUUUGGCAACACUCUGGGGCUGCUGGAUGGCUUUGAUCUCCACGGGAUAGAGAACUAUGAUUUGCAUGUUUUUCCACACAGCAAUCACAAUAUUGCGUACCACAAUGCGAACACGAUAGUUUAUGAUAAGCUCUUCAACUGGUUGAAGACGGCCUUUAGGGUAUGA